AUCCUUUGGUUUAUCUCACGUUCACUGGUCCAUUUUUCAUUCGGGUGAAUCUCACUGCUUCCUUCUGCUGGUUUCAAUGAGACUCAAAUUCUGCAAUGAACUCUAUUACCCCAAUAACAUCUUCUCUCCCAGGUUGCAGAAGAUUUAUCUCUUGAAUCAGAAGACAUAAACAGGUUGCAGAAGAUUUAUCUCAUCUCUUGAAUCAGAGAAGGCGAAGGAGUUCUCACAGCCUAAUUAAUCAACCGUAUGGUAUCAAAUAUAUGAGAUGGACAGCGGUUGUCUGGUGGAGCCAUGCUCAUGACAGCUGCUUUUCCCUAUGGUAUCAUUGCCUGUCACUGAUGCUAGCAGUGGAGGCAGCAUCUCCUCCUCGGUGAAGAAUGUAUGUUUGGCCAGUGGUUGAACGCCUGUCAUCGUAAGAUAGCACCGUCCGACGAUGAAGGGACAGAGAGCGCACUCCUCCACUUAGCAGCCGCCCACUGGAGUAGUGGAGGAGGCGUCGUUUGUCUCUCCCAUUUUUUAAAAGGCCUCCCUUUCUGCCAAGGAAUCGAGUAAAGAGCGGUCACGUCAAUCGGUCGCUGCUGGAGAUGCCGAUUGGCUGCUGCAAAGGUACACAGACAAUUAUUCUCUUCUAAAAAGUCACUCCUUUUGCUCCCACUACGCGCGCGGCCCCAACAACACAUCUCAAAUUAUUUACGAUGAAUUCUUAAAGAAAAUCUUUAUUUUUAGAUUUUUUUUUUUAUGAGAAAUACUCCUUUUAAGUUGACUUUUCUGCACCACAAUGAAGUGGAUCUCUGUUCAAAGCUAAUGAACGACUGAGAUCAAAGGCACCUUCGUAAUUUUUCUUUGUUCUCAACGUUGUACUUGUAAAUAUAUAGAGGAACGAAGUGGGGAGGGAAUGCAAUCGAUGGCGUCCCAAUAUAUGAUGUGACUGCUAAAAGAUGAGGUCUAUCUAUCUAUCCAUCUCUGUAUGAGGUCGGCGACUAUUAACCUUUGGGCACACAGAAAUGGAGAGCUCAUCGAAGCUGGCACAGGACUACGCCCGUGAUGGCUCGGUGGAUCUCAAAGGCAACCCUGUGUCGAGGUCUCAGAGAGGUGGAUGGUUUGCUUGCUACUUCAUCGUCGUGUACGACGCUGUGGAGAGGAUGGCGUACCAGGUGAUAUCAUCCAACCUGGUGCUGUACCUCACCAGGAAUCUGCACCAAGGCACCGUGACCGCCGCCAACAAUGUCACGUACUGGGUGGGAACUGGAUACUUGAUGCCCGUUCUGGGCGCUUAUGUCGCGGACGCACACCUCGGACGAUACUGGACCUUCGUCCUCUCCUCGGCCAUCUAUUUCCUGGGAAUGUGCCUGCUAAGGUUGGCCGUCUCCUUGCCAUCGUUAAGACCGCCUCCUUGCACUCACCAGGGCGGCGCUCCCAAAUGUUCGCCGGCCUCGGUGCUGCAGGUGGGUGUCUUCCUCGGUGCACUCUACGUGGUCGCAUUUGGAUCUGGAGGAACCAAGCCCAACAUCUCCACCAUCGGCGCCGACCAGUUCGAUGAAUUCGACCCCCGGGAGAGGGCUCACAAGAUCUCCUUCUUCAACUGGUGGUUCUUCAGCUCCUUCCUCGGAACCCUCUUCGCAGGCGUCGUCUUGGUGUUCAUCCAGGACAACGUGGGCUGGCCCUUGGGAUAUGGAAUCCCCACCGUCGCCCUCCUCCUCUCCGUCUCCAUCUUCUUGUCCGGCACUCGUUUCUACCGGCAUAAGGAUCCUCAGGGCAGCCCGCUCACCAGGAUGGCAAGAGUCAUCGUGGCCGCCAUCAGAAAAUGGAAUCUCCCCCUCCCCAAGAGUGCAGCAGAGCUCCAUGAACUGGAUCCCGAGGAGUACAUGAGGAAGGGACAGUUUAGGAUCCUUCCUUCGGAUUCCUUGAGGCUUCUCAACAAAGCAGCGGUGAGAGUUGGCUCAACGUCGACACCAUGGAUGCUGACCACUGUCACCGAAGUCGAGGAAACCAAACAGAUGCUGCGAAUGAUCCCGAUUUGGGUCGCGUGCUUCUUUCCAUCCACCGUAGUCACCCAGGUGAACACUCUGUUCGUGAAGCAGGGCACCACCCUGGACCGCCGAAUCAAUGUAGGUCGUCACCAUCUCCAAAUCCCUCCUGCCACCCUCGUGUCGUUCGUGACCGUCUCCAUGCUCGUAUCCGUCGUCGUCUACGACCGCUACUUCGUCAAGAUCAUGAGGAGUUGGACCAACAACCCCAGAGGAAUAACUCUGCUUCAGCGAAUCGGAACGGGCUUCCUCCUCCACACAAUCACCAUGCUGGUCGCGUCUCUCACCGAGAGCAGACGACUACGGGCGGCCAGAGACGACGUUCGGCUGACCAUCUUCGGACUGAUUCCUCAGUUCGUUCUCAUGGGAGUAGCCGAUUGUUUCAUGGUGGUGGGGAUGGUGGAGUUCUUCUACAGCCAAGCGCCUGAGAGCAUGAAGAGUUUGGGCACUUCCUACUCGUUUGCCACCUAUGGCGUCGGCAACAUUCUCAGCAGUCUUCUGCUCAUGGCCGUCUCUGACAUUACCAAGAGGAAUGGCAGGGAGGGAUGGAUCUCGAACAACCUCAAUUCAUCGCAUCUGGAUUACUACUAUGCAUUGCUGGGAGUCCUCGGUUUCAUCAACUUCGUCUUCUUCGUCUACGUCAGUAGGAUGUACGUGUACAAGGCCGAGGUGUACGAACAACAGGUGGAGGCAUCGACGGAGGAGCAUCGUGCAGCAUGAAGACUCCACCGUGCAUGUCAAGAGUCGGCUACCGUCGUUCGUGUACACAAAGCAGGAAUGAAUAGGAAGAUUAAUCUAUGGACACGUGGAAACAUCCUACUUCACCCAUAUCCUAUAUAUAUGAUUAAAAUAAAAUAUAUUUUUUAGUUUUUA